ACGUGAGGUGAGGUGGAUGGGGAGGGUGCACAAUUGUCUACCACAGAAGUCCGACGUCUGUUCCGAUGGUGAUGUACACACGGGGCGUGAAUGGUAUUUAGCCACAAACAAGCGUAACAAGUUGCACACGUACACAUUCGAGGUGAGCGCGAUUAAGGCACGUUAGAGUAAAUGCAAGCACGGAAGGCUGAGAUGAGCUACCGCGUUGGAGUAGCUACUGUUCAGCAUUUAGCCGUUCGGUAGAGACAAACAGACGCAGUGAUUGGGUGACGAGAACCAGAUACAAGAAAGACGAUUGCUCCCAAAAUAUAUUUGUCAGGUCGGCGAACUGCAGUGGCUAAUUUGGUGCACAUAAGACUGUGUAUGCCGGGAUCAGUCGCCGACAGUUUUGCAUUGUUAUUCGGCCAGCUAGUCCAUUCAACCAUUUUUCCAAAACCACAGGAAGAUGGAGACAGCAAGUGGAAUUCGAGCGAUGGAGAUCAACCGCGCAGGAUAGAAGCUAAAUCCUCCUUGAACUUGUCAACCUCCGUGUUGAAAUUCGGUAUACAGUCCAUUUUGAGCACUGAAUGUUCUUCUGAUGCUCAAUUUCAUUGGUGCGCCGAAGAAAAUGUUAAAAAGCGAUUUAAAAAUAGAAUCACCCCAUUUGCCUUCACUAACGUCACAAAAGAAUACAAAUAUAAUGAAAAGACCGAGAUAAAAACGCCGAGGUGUUCCGAGAGCUGCAUAUGCGGUUUGCCCACUGAGCCGCCUCAAGAUGGGUUAUUCGCCUACCGGCAGAAGGCUCAAAAUGCAUAUAGUCCAACUUCCAGGUGGCAGAAGAGGAACAAGGAGACGGCGACGUCCUUCCAAAAUGAAAAAUUGGAUGAAACGUUCAUUGAUCGAAUCCAGAAAGCAAAAUGUAUGACGCAAGUAGUGUCGAGCAUGGCCCCCAUUGUGAAUGGCUUUAAUGGCCAGGUGGAGUUCGUGAACAAUGGCGCGGGAAUAAAGAAUCCUUUGGCAUAUGCGACCAAGGUGGAACGGGAAGUACUCAGUCAGUUAUAUGGUAAGCAAGUCGGACAGCAUGAGUAUUUGUGCAAGGCGUGUGGCAAACGCUUUCCUCUCUUCCGUCUGCUAACACGUCACGUAAAGUGCCACAGCCAGACGCGGCGGUAUCUGUGCUCCUAUUGCCUCAAAGGGUUCAACGACACCUUUGAUCUCAAGCGGCAUACUAGAACACAUACAGAUUAG